CCCAAAUUAAUUUCCAGAAAACCCUAGCAAUUUACAAAAACUCCACCAAAUUUCUGAUCAAAUUUCACAAAACUUUCUCUCUCCUCGACAAAAAUGGCGAUUGAGAAGAGACCAGUGUGUGAAGAGAACGACGAGCUGGUUGCGUACAUGCGAAAAUGCCGGACAGAAAGGAUGGAGAAAAAUCCCCAAGCUCACACCCAAAAUAUUGAGAAAACUGUUAAAAAAGCUCUCACUAAUGUUUGUGAUCAUAAAACCCCCAUUACUACUCUCAAGGAAUUUCAAGCAAUUAAGGGUAUUGGGAAAUGGCUUGCGAAUGAGAUGCGAGAAUUUUUCAACAGUAAUUCUAGUGCUUCUCAAGAUGAUAAUUUGGCAAAAGGAGGUAAGAAGGCUAAAGGCUCCAGAAGGUAUUUACCGCAGAAAAAUUCUGUUGCUUAUGCAUUAUUGAUUUCCUUACAUAGGGCAACUACUAAUGGAAAAGAAUUUAUGCAUAAGCAAGAGCUGAUUGAUGCAGCUGAAGCUAGUGGUCUCUCACGAGUGCCAAUAGCGCCAGAAGCGGGCAGAGGUAAGCAGAAGCAAUUUGGAAGUUCCCCUAGGGAUUGGUAUAGUGGAUGGAGUGCAAUGACGACAUUGAUUGGCAAAGAUCUUGUAUAUAAAAAUAGUAAUCCUGCAAAAUAUAUGCUAUCUGAUGAGGGUCGUAAAGUAGCAAUAGAAUGUUUGUCUCGAUCCGGUAUGCUUGAUUCUGCUGCAAAUGUUAUCAACACGAAAGAAGCUUUAAUUUCAGAUGAUGAAGAUGCAGAGAUUAUGGAGCUUGAAGCUGCUAGUUCACCCUCAUCUCCUGAUCUGAAUAAGGGCAUGAAAGAUGAUAUUCCUUUGGAGUUUCUUGAUAGGUUCACAGCCCUGGGUUACACAAGUGAACAAGUUUUACAUACUUUAGCUGAAGUUUCUGUAAGUCCACCAACUCAAGAAUUAUCUACACUCUGGCCCACAGUUCUUUGCCAUCUGCGAGAAAAUGAAGUUUAUGGUCUUCCCUCUGAUCCUCAGCCAACUGGAAGAAAAAAUUCUGAUGAUGCAUCUACUAGCUGUAGAUAUGUUGAGGGUGAACAUAAUGUGACUGGUGUAAUUAAUCAAAACGGUCUUACUUCCUCAUCAACCUUGGAUUAUCAUGGAAAAAAGGCUAGUCAAUCUUCUUACCAAGCCAGUCCAGUUGAUCUUAGACUGCCACCACUUGAAGAUUUGCAGAAGUUCGAAGAUACAUACGAAAUUGUCUUGAUUUUGGAUGACCGAGAACACUUUGCCAGAACAAAGUCAAGAAAUCUUAAAGAAAAGAUUUGUGAGGAAUAUAAAAUUCAAAUAGAGGUCAGACGUUUGCCCGUUGGAGAUGCUAUUUGGAUUGCACGUCAUAAAAAAGAUUCCACUGAAUAUGUUCUUGAUUUCAUUGUUGAGAGGAAAAAUGUUGAUGACCUACGUAGUUCAAUAAGAGAUAACCGCUACAGGGAUCAGAAGUUGAGACUUCAGAGAACUGGAAUGAAGAAGAUUAUGUAUUUGGUGGAAGGUGAUCCUAAUGCUUGUGAAGGAGCUGAUAGCAUUAAAACAGCUUGCUUUACUACAGAGAUCUUGGAGGGGUUUGACGUGCAAAGAACAACAAGCCUUGUUGAUACUCUUCACCGAUAUGGCUUUUUAACUCUGGCAAUUACUGAUCACUAUAAACUGAUUUCAUCAGCUGAAGAAUGCAAAACCGCGGGUGUCUGUCCUAAGUAUAAACAGUUUAUCAAAAAAUGUGAAGAUGCUGAUAAACUGACGGUUAGUGAUGUUUUUGCCACACAGCUCAUGCAGGUUUCUCAGGUGACUGAGGAUGUUGCCAUGGCUGUCUUGGAAUGUUAUCCUACUCUCUACUCUCUUGCUCAUGCGUAUGCUGCUUUAGAUAAGGAUACUCUUGCUCAGCAGGAGUUGCUGAUGAAGAAAAGUGAGGGUGCAGUCAAUGCUGUUGCUAGUAGAAAUAUCUACCGCUUUGUAUGGGCAGAUUAGUUGGAACCUCCUUCUGAUGCAAACAAUUGCCAGGACAGUUCAAGCUAUGUAUGAUAUCUGUUGUAGCUUAAUGGCCAGAGAAGGUUGUCAAGUAGUACUUAUUCCAUUUCUAAUAUUACUGCCUCCACACUCGCUUAGGUUCCACUUGCGAUGUUGCUUUUGGGGGAAACCACGUGCUCAAGCCUCUUCUCUGCUGGACACCUCAGUGUUGCAUGUUCUUUUUGAUCAAACGUUAAUUGCUGAGCAAACUGCAAAUUGUGUUGCUUUUUAGUUGCUCAACUCAGAUUAAUCACUACCAAAUUCAUUGCAUUCUUUGUAGCUCUAAUCAUAGCCACAUAUACUAAGUGUUAAUCUUUGGAGUGCUUACUAUCGAUUUCAUUGUAUUAUUAGUUACUCUUAUUUUAGGUUUAUGUUUUAGUGUUCAUCUUAUCUUAGGAUUAUUUGUAAUUUUGAAUUACUUUGUACAGAUUCUUAGCUCAAUAC